AGUUUUUUGUUUUUGUCUUUAUAUGUUUUUGUAUUCAGGAAAAAGGUUCUGUAAUAUCCGUGUUUGUGAAACCCUCAAAAAGUGUUUGGUAGUCAAACUGUCUUUAUUUUGCAAAACAAUUUCCGCUGCUAUGUCCACGCAGGAACUCUUUGUUGCUGCUGCUCGUAAACAUCUGUCAGCUGGUAGAAAAUCCCUGUCUGUCUGUCAGAGUCUGGACCUGGCGGCUCAGGUCUCUGCUGUAGGUCUAGGUUUGAAACCAGCUUUAUUGUACGACAGCAAUGGGGCGAGGGCAGAUCAGGUGCAACGGUAUUUGAGCUCCCUGCAGUCCUCCCAGCUUGUGUCUGAAUCACUUCUCACUCUUGAGUUAAACGGAAACACUCUGGUUGUAAAUCCAGUCACAGCCAGAAUGAAUGUUGAGCAGCUGAUUGAUCGCAGAAACGUGGCUGUCGUUGACAUUUGCCACUCACUGGAGAAGCCCACCAUUGCUGACCCGCUAAGAGCAGAGCUGAAGAGCAUGACGCAGGAUUUACUGCUACUCCUAAGAGAGAUCCAGUACCUGAAGGAGGCUGAAAAACCUUACUAUGUCAGGGAGAAAGCAGAGGAAUGGAAUCUAUGCACAGUGUUUGGUCUUCUGUUGGGUUACCCCAUCACAUACUGGUUCGAUCAGACCACAAGUUUUGAGAACUGUUUAUCUAUGACUCCGCUGACCGUGACAACAGCCUCAGCAACAUAUCAAGUGGACACAGCAGACCACAGAUGUUGUCUUUACUCCUUCAGUGUCCCCUCUGCUCUGCUAGAAGAGAUGCAGAUCCAGCUGGAAAACUGGAGGUUUUGUUUACAGGAAGGAUUUAAGCAGCAAAAUGUCCUGAAGGACCUCACAGUUUGUCAGUCCACAGUCACUCUGCCCUCAGUCUGUUUGUGAUGCUAAUAUGCAGUGUGUUUGUCCUUAAUAAAUGGUUGGAAAAUG